UCACUAUAUAUAACAGUCCCGCAGAAAAUGUUUUAGCAGUGUUACGUGCUAUUAUAGUGUAUGUGUUUGUGUUGACUUUACUUCCUAAAAUUGGAUCUUCUAAAAUUUGCUUUCUACAUAGGUUUCUUCGUGCAUAUAAGUUUACGUAUAUUUUAUUGACAAUAGUGCUUGUUUAUAUGAAGUAUGUAAUGGAACUUUUGCGUAGUACAAUCUCCUAGAACAAGUGUGCACUAUCAUCUGUAACUGAGAUUGUGUAAUUUUCGUUAAAAUUUUAGUGUAAUCAUUUCGUAGUUAAUUCAUCUGAAGAAAUAUGAGUGUUGACGCUUAUGCUCCUACUGCAGAAACAUUGACUUUUUUGGACCCUGAAGAGGGUAAUGAUUUAUUAGGCGCAGACACACAGGGGUCUGAUUUUGAAUUUACAGAUUUUUCGUUGGCUUCCCAAACCCAGGCUUCUCAACUAGAUCAGAGUCAGUCUACAAGAAGUCAGUUGAAUGGUCCCGAUUUAUCCUUGCCAAAUGGAUUAGACAGAGAUGUAUGCACUGCAAGCCAAGGUCUUGGAGAGUUAACCUUCCAAGAAGAAGAGGAAGAUCAGUACUAUACCAAAGACUUACCUGAACAUGCUUGCAAAUACUGCGGUAUACAUGAUCCUAGUUGUGUUGUUCAGUGCAAUGUUUGCAAACGAUGGUUUUGUAAUGGCAGAGGAAAUACAUCCGGAAGCCAUAUCAUAAAUCAUCUUGUACGAGCUAAGCAUAAGGAAGUAACUCUUCACAAAGAUGGGCCUUUAGGAGAAACAGUAUUGGAAUGUUAUAGCUGUGGCUGUAGAAAUGUUUUUGUUCUUGGAUUUAUUCCUGCCAAAGCCGACUCGGUUGUUGUUUUAUUGUGUCGCCAGCCAUGUGCAGCUCAGAGCAGCUUGAAAGAUAUGAAUUGGGAUCCUGACCAAUGGAAACCUCUUAUUAGUGAUCGAAGUUUCUUGGCAUGGUUAGUUAAAAUACCUCAGGAACAAGAACAGUUGCGGGCACGUCAAGUUAGUGCUGCACAGAUUAAUAAGCUAGAGGAGUUGUGGAAGGAUAAUGUUGAUGCAUCAUUUGAAGACUUGGAAAAACCUGGAGUUGAUGAAGAACCACAGCAAGUCCUUUUAAGAUAUGAGGAUGGUUAUCAAUACCAAAAUAUUUUUGGGCCCCUUGUGAAGAUGGAAGCUGAUUAUGAUAAAAAAUUGAAGGAGUCCCAAACUCAAGAUAACAUUGAAGUCCGUUGGGAUAUUGGCUUGAACAAAAAGAUGAUAGCAUAUUUCACGAUUGCUAAGUCUGAUACAGAUAUGAGAUUAAUGCAUGGUGAUGAGUUAAGACUUCGCUAUCUGGGUGAAUUGCACAAGCCUUGGUUUGGUGUGGGACAUGUUAUUAAAAUUCCUGACAACUAUAGUGAAGAAGUUGGAAUAGAAAUGAAGUUAAAUUCAAAUGUACCCUCGGAAUGCACUUCCAAUUUUGUUGUUGAUUUUGUCUGGAAGUCUACAUCGUUUGACAGGAUGCAGUCUGCAUUGCGUAAAUUUGCUGUGGAUGAAACAUCAGUUUCAGCAUAUAUUUAUCAUAAAUUACUGGGGCAUGAAGUUGAAGAUGUUGUUAUGCGAAAUCAGUUACCCAAACAUUUCUCGGCUCCUAAUCUUCCAGAGUUGAAUAGAUCACAAAUAUUUGCUGUUAAGCAUGCUAUGCAAAGACCACUGUCGCUAAUUCAAGGACCACCAGGUACUGGAAAAACUGUUACAUCAGCUACAAUUGUGUAUCAUUUAGUUCGCCAGAAUAAUGGUCCAGUUCUAGUCUGUGCUCCUAGUAAUAUUGCAGUAGAUCAGUUGACUGAGAAAAUACAUCGAACUGGAUUAAAGGUUGUACGUUUAUGUGCAAAAAGUCGUGAAGCAAUUAGUUCUCCAGUAUCUUUCUUGGCUUUGCAUAACCAAAUCCGAAACUUAGAAGGCCAUUCUGAACUCCAUAAACUACAGCAACUUAAAGAUGAAACUGGUGAAUUGUCAUCUGCUGAUGAAAAACGUUAUCGAACUCUUAAAAAGGCUUGUGAAAGGGAGCUCCUGGAGGCUGCUGAUGUUAUUUGCUGUACUUGUGUUGGUGCCGGAGAUCCUCGUCUCCAGAAAUUUAAAUUUUAUUCCAUUCUUAUUGAUGAAAGCAUGCAGGCCACUGAACCUGAGUGUAUGGUUCCUGUUGUUCUUGGUGCAAAGCAGUUGAUACUUGUUGGAGAUCAUUGCCAGCUGGGACCUGUUGUGAUGUGCAAGAAAGCAGCUCGAGCUGGACUUUCACAGUCUCUUUUUGAAAGAUUGGUCGUCUUGGGAAUUAGGCCUCUUAGAUUGGAAGUUCAGUAUCGGAUGCACCCUCAGCUGAGUAAAUUUCCCUCUAACUUUUUCUAUGAAGGAUCGCUUCAGAAUGGAGUUUAUGCUGAGGAGAGAAAAAUGAAAGGAGUAGAUUUUCCAUGGCCCCAGCCUGAUAAACCUAUGUUUUUUUAUGCUUGUCAAGGACAGGAAGAAAUAGCAGGAUCUGGAACUUCAUAUUUGAAUAGGACAGAAGCAUCUCUUGUAGAAAGACUCACUACAAGGUUUUUGAAAUGUAGCGUUAAACCUGAGCAGAUUGGCAUUAUUACACCAUAUGAAGGUCAAAGAGCUUAUUUAGUACAGUACAUGCAAUACAAUGGCUCUCUACAUGCUAAACUGUAUCAAGAUAUUGAAGUUGCUAGUGUUGAUGCAUUCCAAGGCCGAGAAAAAGAUUUGAUUAUCAUGUCAUGUGUUAGAUCCAACGAACAUCAAGGAAUUGGGUUCUUAAAUGAUCCUCGUCGUUUGAAUGUUGCCUUAACAAGAGCCAGAUAUGGCAUAAUCAUUGUUGGUAAUCCUAAAGUUUUGUCAAAACAAACAUUAUGGAAUCAUCUUCUGACAUUUUAUAAGGAAAAUAAAGUUCUUGUAGAAGGUCCUUUAAACAACUUAAAGGAAAGCAUGAUUCAGUUUAGUAAACCUAGGAAACUUACCAAUUCCAUCAAUCCUGGGUCACACUUCAUGAAUACUGCAAUGUAUGAUGCCAGGGAAGCUAUGAUACCAGGCAGUGUAUAUGAUCGUUCAUCUCAUUUGAAUGGAGGUCCUGCAUUUUAUGGCCGUCCUCAUGACCAGAUAUCUUACAUAAGUCCUGAAAGAGCACAGAGUGCUGUCGCUAAUCUGCCAGUGCCAGUUGGUAUGUUCUUGAAUAUGGCACAUAUACCACCCCGUUUCUAUAAUCAGCAUCAGCAAGCUCUGCAAGCUCGGCAGAAUCAAAGGAAUCGAAAUGCCACAAGAAAAGGUGGCGGAAGGCAAACUAAUGGGCGUUCAAUGACAAAUGGAACAUCUAUGAAUUUAUCUCAAGGUUUCAACAGUCAAGCAAGCCAGGACAUGAUGGGAGGGUUCUCGCAAGGUCCUCUUACACAAGGUCAGCUGAGUAUGAGUCAGAUGAGUCAACCCAAUUAUCCAGGUCUUUCUCAACCUGGGCUCUCCCAGCCAGAGUUAUCACAAGAUACCUAUCUUGUGGAUGAAUUGCGCUCUCAGACUGAAGGAAUGCUUUCUCAAGACUCUACUUACCAAGGUGACAGGGCCUACUUUGCAGCAUCUCAAGGUGGCCAAUUUUCUCAGCCAUAUUGAAGUCAUGGGUGAGUCUUGAUCAGUGGACCUGCAACCACUGGUUCCCUAACACGAAGCAGACGAAGUAGCUCCAUACCUGCUACAGUUCAAGAGAGAAAAUAAAAGCAAGCAUCUACUCUACCACAGAUACGGAAGGCGUCGAUGGUGGCCUCUGAUUGACGGUGUUGAUGUGUCCAGUUAAGAUUCCUGCCGGCUGAUUGAUGUGUGUGUGCAGAAAAAAGAUGAGCACAGAAUCAGGCAAUUGCAAUGUUCGGGUGAUUAUGCCCCUAAAUAUUGGUUGCUUUGUACACUGCCCAGGGGUGCUAAGUCCCAAGUGGUGGCAGGAAAUAUUUCAAACGCUGGCGUUAUUCACAGAUCUGGACAUAAUCAUACUAUUACAGGUGGUCAUUGGACCCGACUAAUUUUUUUUUGAAUGUGUGUGAACAUUUUUUUUCAUUGUUUAAAUUAAUCUUUGUGUAUGUGAUUUGUGAUGUUUUUUAUCAUAGCAGUUAUGUGUUAUUUUUUUGUUUCGAUUUUUCAACCAGUUUAUUCAUCAUUAAAUUUUCAAUUUUCUUUUGUAACUGUAUACAUUAAAUUCUCACUUUUUGUUA